CUUUUAAUUUCACACGUGAGGACGUAUAUGGCGUGUAGUGUGUGUUGUCACGCGUUUUCUUGCCAAGUUAUCUGAAAUCAUCCGUAAGAAAAUUUACAAAGCUUUAUCAACGUAUUAUAAUUAAAAGGAAUAGGAGUGACUGCUGGAAUAUAUUAGAGAUUAACUCAUUAUCAGCGGAUCAUCGAGUAAAAAGAUAGAUCACAGUCAUUUUUGUUAUCGUAUGAUCGGUUGUACGUAUGCUCCUGUACGUACUGACACAAGUCAAUCCUCCGGUGUAUAUUUGUGUACGUGUGUUGCUUGAGGUUAGAUGGGCGAUCACAUUGGGAAAGAGUGCGAUUGAUUACGGGAUCUAUAAGCACGAAUCGUCAACACGAGGACACUGUUAACGAGAGACGCAUGUAAAAGCUCAAAAAUUGUCGAUUGCCUUCGUUUGACAUGCCUCAGACUCCAUUGACUGUCACAGCAUGAAUCUUCGAGCUCCAUGGUGCGAAGCAUAUCGGCUGUACUUUUAUCGUAAAGCGUCUUUCAGCAAAGCAAAUUUUUCGAUGCAUUUGUAGAGUAACUAGAUUAUGACAACGAUGGAUUCCGAUUCCGCGAGCCAGGAUAGCGAUGAUGGACGUCGGUUUCGUUUUGAGGCAACGCGCAAAGACUCGGCCGCGCUCGUGGAGGACGCGAUGAGAAGAACAAGAUUGCCGAAGAAACAGUCGAAGCACAAAUCAUCCCGCUAUGAGAGCGGUAGGCAUUAUCACAGAGAGAGGAAAGAACGGUCAAAACACGAAAGCGAUAGAAAGGGGGACGAUCUCAAACACUCCGCAAAGCAUUCGAAGCACGAGUCGAGAAACUCAAGGCAGGAGGAUGGUGGUUCAUCCAAGGAUCAUAGAGACGGCAGGGACGCGUUCAUUGGAUUCACCGUGAAUGACAGAGAUUUUAGGAACUCCAGCGGGGGCGGCGACGAGAAGGAAAAAUCGCGGGACUCGAAACGACAAUCGGAUAGAGAUCGAAGCAUUCAUCUGGCACAACGUUCGCGAGAACGUUCAUACGAGAGAACCCAUCACGAGGAGCAAACGUCGAGCGACAAGCACAGAAGUCGAUAUCACGAAAGACACGGACAUCGUUCCCGAGAGAGAUCUCAUCAAUCGAGUAGGGUCAAAUCAUCGAACGGCGAUCAUCGAUCUCGAGAGAAUCACGGGAGACACGAUUCCUCGAGGAAGACAUCGAUAAAAGAGGACAGAUCGCAGAAUUUAAAAGACUAUUCCUCGCCUAAGAACGUCGAGCGAGAACGCAGUCACAGCGAGGCUCGUUCGUGCGAGAAUACGAAGAAAGAUUUGUCGGUGAACGCUCAAGACUGUAAGGACUUGGAUCUGUCGCAGUUCGAUGUCUUGUCGGAAAUCGAUGAGAAUACAUCCGACGAUCGGGAUUACGAGAGUCGAGCAUCGUCUCCGCGCGAAACCAAGCUGCACUCUGAUUCCAGAGAUUGGUUGGAAAGUUGUGCGACAAAGGAAGCGAGAGAAAAUGGCGAAGACGCAAACAAGAGCAAAAGAGAGUGGCGAGAGGAAUUAAGCAAGGUAAAAAAAAGGGACUACGAUCCAGUGUCCAGUUCCAGAAGUAAUCCUAAUGCCAUUUCAGAUUCCCCACUUAGUUCCGCGCCGCCCGCGGCAAUCUUGAUAGUAAGAGACACUUGCACGAGUUCGAAGAGAGAAAAAUUUGAGAGUACGAUUACUUGUGAUACUAGCGAAUGUUCAGGCUUGGGAGAGAAGAAAUGUUCCGACGCUUUUUCGGAUGAAACGCGACCGGAAAAAGACGCGGAACAAACUGAAUCCGUGUACGGUCCACUGUUGCCACCAACAUUUGUAUCCAACGUAUCCGACAGUGACGAAAAGACGUCGCCGCAUGCUCUCGACGAAAAUAAAAUUGAUAACCAAGUCCAAGUUGAUGAGUCGCACAAAAAAAGUGUGUGUUUUAUCGGACCCUGUCCACCACCAGGAUUGAGCAGUCGUCAAAAUGAAGAGCGAGAAGAAGCGAAAGAUACUAAUACGUCUGCGACAGAAGCAGACACCGUUUUUGGGCCAGUAUUACCGCCGCAUUUGUUGCAACGGCAACGCGACAAGAUUAUCGGGCCUGUCCUACCGGACGCCGUGCAACUGUGUGAAGAAAGUUCAGUCGCAUUGUCCGAAUCUGACGAGGACUGUGCGAUAGGUCCUUUACCGGUCGAUCAUCCAGCUUUAAGAAAUAGCCGUGUGCACGAGAAGCUAGAUUUGAGAGCGCAAAAGAUCAGAAACGAAGGAUAUUUGGAAGAGGUUGACAUUGGAAGCAAGCGUGAAGAAUGGAUGACCGAGUUGCCACCGGUCCAAGCUGCUAAUCUUGGAUUAGGCCCGCGCAAAUUUAGGGUUCGAGAAGGCCCGGAUACGUCGGAUAGAUCGAGUUGGACUGACACGCCCGCGCAAAAAGCUCAGAAGCAAAAAGAUUUGGAGGUAAAAAAACUUAAUAAUGUAUCAGAACCAGAUAAGAAGUGUGUAGAAGAAUUUUACAAGAAGGACACGGGAAAAAGCAAAAAGCGUGAAAAAUCGCUAUUAGAAAUGCAUCAAAGCAAAAUUGCAAAGAAAAAAAGGAAAAAAGAAAAGGAGGCAGAACGAACUGGAAUAUCAACGAGAAGACCAUUUGACAGAGAUAUCGAUUUACAAGUUACCCGAUUAGAUCAAGCGCAAAAAAAGACUGUUCUGAUGAAAGCACAAUUGCUCGACGAUAGAUUCUCACGUGGACAAAUUUAAAUUUUUUAAUUGUCACGCGAAAAUUGUAAAUAAUUGCUACUAACGAAACUAAAAUCUGUAUCAAGUAUGUUAUCUUUGUUAAGAAUUAACAAAUGGUAGAAUAUUGAUACAGAUUCGUGCCUUGAAUUACGAAAUAUUUAUUUUAAUUUCAAUUCUGUAAAACGUGUAACAUUUUUCGCAUCUUUCUGCAGCAAAUACAUUGUGUUAAGAAUAUUAUUGUAAAUUUAAUAGAGAUGUUAUUCAAAUUUUUUAUUUAUCAAUUAGCUAUGUCAAAUAGCUAUGUGCGAUAAAACUUUUUCAAAAUUUUAUUAUGUUUUCUAUAAAUUGUUUUUCUAUACAUUUCAUAACACAAUACAACAGUGCAAAUUUCAAAGUUAUAUAAACGAUGUUAUCUUUUAUAAAUUAGUUCAUCAUGAACAAUACUGCUCUCGUGAUGCAGUAUAAGAACUCUAUAGUGAGAAUAUGAGAACGUAUGUAAUAAUAACAACGAUUGUAAGGUAAAUUUUCGCAUGGAUGUAGAUAUGCCGCUUGUUGUAUUUCUUUGUCAUACAUUUUUUCUAUAAACAAAAGAGUACAAAAUAGUGUAAUAUUUAACACAGAUUAUAUGUACUUUGGAAUGCAUGUUAUGUACAUGAAUAUACGAUAUUGUAAUUGUGUAUGUAUGUGUAUUAUCGCAAUUCUGUACAUAUUUAAAUAAUGAACAAGUAAUUGUACACA